UUCCAUGGCAAUGACCUACCCCGCCACUGUAGCGCGAAAGCAGCCGUAGGCUGCACAGGAAUGAGCGGUGUGACUGUGUUCCAGGAGACCUUCGUGUGCUAAAACACACCCCAAGCCAGGUCUGCCCACGGCCACAGUUUGCCACCCCGGCUUAGAGGGGGCGUUUGAGCACGAGAAGGGGCAGGGACUGGGACGAGAGGCAAAGCACUCGGGUGAGCUGUGCUGCUCCAGAGGCCCGAGAGCCCUGGAAAGAUCCGAGGUCCAGAAGAACGGGGACCUGACAGCACACAGGGCCUUGGGGCUCUCAAGAGACCCAAGGAUUGGGGGUGCUUUAGAGGGAAGACAAUGUGGGAAGCCCUGGAGGUCACAGGCUUGGGGUGUGGAAGCUUUGGAGAAUCAGGAUGUGAUUCCAGUGGAAACAUGGCAGGCCCACCCCAGGCAGUUGUGCAGGUUGUGCACUGCACAUUUCAGAAGGGGCACUGUUUUCUGUGUGAAUGGCACUCACUAGCGUCGUACAGUGCACAACCUAAACAGCCGUGGGGUACAGACCACUGAGGCUCUCUCGUGCUUGGGCACCAGAUCUCCCUACAGUAUGAGCGUGACGGAGCCUUCUACCACACCUGUGGCGGCACCCUCAUCGCGGUGGACUGGGUCAUGACUGCGGGUCACUGCAUCUCGAGCGGCCGGACUUACCGGGUGGUGCUGGGCGAGUAUGACCGGUCCGUGGUGGAGGGGACUGAGCAGGUGAUCCCCAUCAACAAUGAGGACAUCUUCGUGCACCCCAGGUGGAACUCCAACUGCUUGAGCUGCGGCAAUGACAUCGCCCUCAUCAAACUCUCGAAAAGCGCCCAGCUGGGAGGCGCUGUCCAGGUUGCUGUCCUCCCCCCGGCUGGUGACAUCCUGCCCAACGAGGAGCCCUGCUACAUCAGUGGCUGGGGCCGUCUCUAUAGUAAGUACUGACUCCUUUAGGUAAACAAAGGGACAUGGGCAAUAAAACAUGGCCUGGGGGCUGGGGUUAAAGGUCACACCAGGACUGCUUCUGCUUUCUCUCAUUUCUGUCCACCUGCAGCCAUCUCUUCCAUCCUCCUAAACAUGAAUGUUCCAUUAGAUAUUUCUUAGUGCCUCCGUGCGUCAGGGGCUGGAUGUAAGGGUGCUCAAUGCAUGUAGGACCACGUAACUGGCACAAGUAGGGAAGAGCUGUCAGCCUUGAAAGCCCCAUUUUAUGGGGCUCCUCUCAUUGCACCGCAGACCCCCUGCUCAGUGCUCUCUGCUCCCACAGCCAACGGGCCACUCUCGAGCAAGCUGCAGCAGGCCGUGAUGCCCGUGGUGGACUAUGAGCACUGCUCCCAGUCGGACUGGUGGGGCUCAAGCGUGAGGAAGACCAUGGUGUGUGCUGGUGGGGAUGUCCGCUCCGGCUGCAAUGUGAGUCACUCUUACCUGCCCAGGUGGUGCCGGGGGUACAGGGCCCGGGCUGCCUCUGCCGUUUGCCGGGAGGUGGAGGAGGUGCCUUGCCUGCUGACUCCAUUCAGCCUCCAGGCCAGGCAGGAUUUGGGGGACAUCAGCGUAGUCCGGACACAGAGGCCAGGCCUGGGACUCAGGGCCCUGGAUUCCAGUCCCAGCUCGCACACUGGCUUGAGCUGGAACAAGUCA